AUGAAGAAUAGUACUGCCUUCAAGAAUGUCAUGCAGAAGCACUCAUCAGUGGGUAAACUCCAUUUAUCUAAGGCCAUUGUUAACAUGGCAUUGGAACUGCGUAGUUGCUCAGAGCUUCCGGCCUUCUGCAACAAGUACCCAUCUGGCAAUCGAAGCACUGGUCAAUCUGAACUUCAUGACAAAUGGACGAGAGGCUACACGGUGGGCGUGGAUUCUAGUAAUGAAGAUGGGGGAAAUAAGGGCAGUGGUGAUGAGGGCACCAAUGAUGGAGAUGAAGAUGUAUCCAUGGAGAGCACAGGUCUGAGCAAGAUAUGA